CGUCAAUCCUAGGCCUGCAGCCCUCAUGAACGUAUAAAGCGCUCGCUGCUAGCAGCUAGUCCGGCGGCGCGGGUACAGUGCAUGCAGAGCUCCACCGGCAGUUUUCCGUGAUCAAUUCAAGCAAUCCAGCGCGCAUUUUUUGAUUUCACCGUAAAAUGGCUGAGUCUGAACCGGAAAAGUCCUCUCUUCAGAAACCAUCUCCUACUCCUUGUCCUUGGUCAGAAAUCUGGACUGAAGUUGAGGACUUAAAAGGUUGGGUAUCAACCUUUGUACAAGCACAGGAGGUUCUGAAGAGGUUUGAGAUAGCUUCUUCCCUUCGCUUUGUGGGCCACAACAAGUCAAAAAACUUUGGGUGUAACACAGUUCAAGAAGAUCCUGUGGCAGACAGAUUUAUUCGGUUUGCUGACCACAAGGAUGGUAUAGUGCAUUGCGAUGGAUCGCCCUUCGUCGUUCUCGGGAAGUACACAUUGGACUGUAUGUUCGGCAGAGACAGGAAUAAGGCGGCAAAGGAGAGAAUGGCAGAGGAAACGGACAGGGAGUUGAAGGGGGAUUAUCCCGGGCCAAGAAAAAAAAGAAAGCGGCUUCAACAAUCCAAGAAGAAGGGCUGUCCAGCCAAAGUCAUCAUGAAGGAGGUCAUCCUUUUCCCACAAUUCAAGAGUUCCAACAUGAGCAAGUAUGUCCGGGACCGGAAAAGCAGUGCUAUCCGGAACUCACUGACAAACGGAGAGCAGAUCGAAGCUGAACACAGGAUAUACAUCCAGCUCCCAUCUCUUGCAUCUCACCAGAAUACCCACAGUCAAGGACCACUCAUAGGCUCUCUCAAUCCCCUGGCGAAAGAAAUCAGAGGCAAAAUCCAGGAACUGGUGGGCCAUGGUGUCUCCGAAACAAAGGAGAUAAGGCGACAUUUAAAGAUAUAUGUAAAUCAUCUCUUCCCCAACCCUGCCGAACGCCCUCAUACUACAAACACAGCCUAUUAUCCCACUGACACCACUAUCAGAAACCACAUAUAUGCAGCACGAAUGAGGUUGGGGGAGAUGACUGGCACUUCUCCGCUAGCACAGUCAUGGUCAAGACGCAUGUGGAGUGCUGUACAGAGGGCUGCUUCAUCUUUUACUUGGGAAGGGGAGAAGAAGUUGAGGUAUCUGCCUUUCAUGGUGGAUGGUGUACAGGUUGGUAUUAUACCACCCAAAAUGGUGGAAACAUUAGCAUCUCAACCAGAUAUCUUUGAAUUGAAAAACAAUCAAGUCCACCUGUCUUCUACAUUGAGCACCUAUGCAGAGAGAACUGCUCGGGUUGGAGAGUUUUUGUCUACAUGUCGUGAGUCGGUUGACUUUAUAACCCUCCAGGGUUGGCGGAAUGAGAACUAUGCUGUCAGCAGAUCAUACUAUGAUACCCCUCUAUUUGAAAUGGAACGAUCAGCUACAUGUCUAUUUGGAAUCAAGCAGUAUGGAGUUCAUGUUAAUGGUUACUGCAGACAUCCCACAGAAGGUAUUUGUAUGUGGAUUGGAAAGAGAUCACCCAACAAGCAGACUUACCCUGGAAAACUAGAUCAAAUCGCUGCCGGUGGGUUACCAGCUUGUUUGGACAUCAGAGAAUGUAUGAUGAAAGAGAGUGAAGAGGAGGCUAGCAUACCAAGAGAUAUCAGUUCAAAAGCUCUUCCUGUUGGUGCAAUAAGUUAUUUCUUUGAGGAUGAAAGAGGCGUCUUCCCAGAAACUCAGUUCAUCUUUGAUCUAGAACUACCAGUUGAUUUUCAACCUAGAGUGAAGGAUGGUGAAGUUAGUGAGUUCUAUCUCUGGUCGCUCAGUAAGGUGAAGGAAGAGAUAGCAACUGACAGGUUUAAACCAAACUGCAGCCUUGUAUGUUUAGACUUCUUAAUUAGGCACGGUUACAUCAAUCAUGAUGGCGAACCUCAUUACUUGGAUUUCCUGUCAAGUCUUCAUCAAACUCAUUUUUGAAGCAUCAACUUAAUAGUUAAAGGGGAAUGAAACUUUUGGAACAAAUAGGCUUGUG